ACCAGAAAUGACAGCAGCAAACACAAACAAAACAUCCGACAAGGAGAACGACCCGGAUCCCCAACCACCGCGCAGAAUUGUAACCGCCAGAACCACGGCCCGCCCAGCCAAGUGUGCUGAUGCCACGCCCACUCUGGCAGCUGGACAGGAUGUGGGCGCAGGUGGCAGCAGUGGCAGCAACAGCAGCAGCUCGGAUCUCAUGUUCCAGUCGUACGUGAAUGGAAAUGGCAACGGAGUGUACAGGAUCAGCAAGACGAUUGGCAAGGGCAACUUCGCGAAGGUCAAGCUGGCGAUCCAUGUGCCCACGGGCAGGGAGGUGGCCAUCAAGGUGAUCGACAAGACCCAGCUGAACACGAGUGCCAGGCAGAAGCUAUAUAGAGAGGUGAAGAUCAUGAAGCAGCUGAAUCACCCGAACAUAAUAAGGCUCUUCCAAGUAAUCGAGUCGGAAAGAUCUCUCUACUUGGUGAUGGAGUACGCCAGUCGAGGAGAGCUCUUCGAUCAUCUGGUGAAGAAUGGCAGGAUGCGGGAGAGGGAUGCCCAGAUAAUCUUCCGGCAAUUGGUGUCCGCCAUUCAGUAUUGCCACAGCAAGUCCAUUGUGCAUCGCGAUCUCAAGGCGGAGAACUUACUGCUGGAUCGGAAUAUGAACAUAAAGAUCGCGGACUUCGGCUUCAGCAACACUUUUGAUCCGAACUCCCAGCUGGAAACCUUCUGCGGAAGUCCUCCCUAUGCAGCUCCUGAACUUUUCAGGGGAAAGAAGUACGCUGGUCCUGAGGUGGAUUCCUGGUCACUGGGAGUUGUACUUUAUACCCUUGUUAGUGGUUCCCUGCCUUUCGAUGGCGUAACCCUCAAGGAACUGCGAGAACGAGUCCUGCGUGGGAAGUAUCGAGUGCCCUACUACGUUUCCUUGGACUGCGAGAUCCUGAUGAGGAAGUUCCUGGUCCUGAAUCCCGCCCAGCGUACCACAUUAUCUGCAGUGAUGUCGGAUAAGUGGAUUAACCUGGGUCACGAUGAAAACAGCAAGUUGCGACCCUUCCAGGAGAAACCUCUGAAACUGCAGGAUAACGAUCGCAUAGAACUGCUGGUUAGCAUGGGCCACAAGCUAAAGGAUGUGGAGAAAUCCCUCAAGGAUCAGAGGUUCGACGACAUCUACUGCACUUAUAUGCUGUUGGGUGUGGAAAAGCCUGGCUCACUGAAACGCAGCGCCAAAUCAAUAUCUUCUUCGCUGGACAGAUCGAUCUCCUCGCCAGCCAGCAGUCGGACUCCCACUGCCAAUGGACCCAACGUUACCAUUGCUCAGGUGAAGCUUACACUGGACAAGAAGACACCCGCAUCUAGUCGACCCAUAGCCCCUCGUUUGGCGAAUGUCCUGAUUACGCCCACUGCGACGCCUUCUCCCGAAGGGCAACCCAAAUUCAUCCGUCGCAUUCCCGUUCGCAAGGCAAGCUAUUCUCUGAGUGGACAAGGACAACCCGAGCCACAAACGGCGCUGCCCAAAAGGAUAAUGCCUGCCGAAGUCCCCAGUCAACCGCAAACAGCGCUGCCCAAAAGGGGAACCCCCUCCACCAAGGAUGUGAAGCCAACCCUGCUGAGUGCCCAGCGCCAGUUGACCCAAAUCCAGAAGUUGGCCAGCACUCCACCCCGCUUCCAGCCACCAGGAACCCAGACCCCAAGUCCAGUUAAAGGAUCCUCGAAAAGAACCUCCACCUUUUACGUUAAAACUGAACCAACGAUCACUCCUCCGUUGGUUCCCAAAUUGCCUGCCAAAUUCCAAACUCCACCGCUAUCCGCAGAAGUCAACAAACGGAAUUCGACAGGAGGCUUCUUUUCCAAGUUGUCCGUACGCUUCGGUCGAAGGACUCUCAAUCAGGGCGAGAAGGAUGCCGCUGAUCCUCGCAGGAGCAUCACCAAAUAGCUGGUGAAGUGGGAAAACCACAAGUAUUUUAAAACGGACGAUCUAUUUUGAGACCAGCUGGUGUUUUUAAUGAAAACGACUGAAAUUAACUAACAAAUAAAAAAAUAAAUAAAUGUUAAUGAA